AAUCAGUUUAUUGGUCAUAUAUUACGCAAAGAACUGGAAAGCACCCUACGGGUCUUUAUCGUUACCACCGCAAAAUGCACCUAACAAACUUAAAGGCACACUUUGUUAGAUGGCGUCUCGAAAAUGCGCCUAGCUCUGGCCACUAAAAUCAGACUGGUGGUCUCUCUUUACUCCUCAUGAGUUUAAAUUGAAAAAACAGAUUCAUAAUCACCUUUAAGUAUUGCAAAAUUAUUCACUUUUUAUAUAUUCAGAAAAAAAAUUAUAUAAUUGAGGGCCGAUUGUUUCAACCUUUUGUUUAUUCCUGUUGUUCGGUCUCUGUGAAAUGAAACGUGAUCCCACAGAUGAGAAAUACAGAAAACCACGUCAACUCAGGAACACUGCAUUGCAGAAAUUUAUUCGCAAUGCGUCGCUUAUUACAACAGGUCUUUUUGCUAUAGCAAUGUACAUUGGUUACAAGAGACAAAUUGCUCCAUAUGUAAACAAAGGACAAAGUAAAGAGGAUUUUGGUAUGCAAAAUCCUGAUUUAUUAUUAAAUGAACCUAUUUAUGUUGAAAUCUUAUUUAAUAAACUACUAAACGUUUGGAAGAAAGAAGCUGUGUCAGAAACCACAAAAAAUAAUAUACAAACUGAUAAAUAAAAUUUGAGUAAUUGAAGUUUAUACAAGAAUGAUGGACAAUGAAGAGGACAGAAUACAUAACCUCAAUAGUCUAGAAGGAAGAUUAAGAUUAAAAAAAAGUUAUAAGGAAAGUAUAGAUAAUCAGAUUCAUCUUUCUGAUGACUCCAAUAAUGAAUGUAAAAAAAAUGAUUCAAUCUCAAUUAAUGUACCACAAUCUUCAUGUGUGGAUGACAGCAUUAUGGAUUUUAAAUCACCAAAAAAAUUUAUGUCGCUAAAAAAUAUCAAUAGCAAUAAGCUAUUAGAUAAACCUAAAAAGAAAGUAUCUCAUUCUAAAAUUAAAAUUAUCAACAAUAAAAAGAAAGCUGAUAGUAAUAAACUAUUGCAGAAUAAAAAAAAUAUACAUGAUACACAACAAACAUCAAUUGAAUCAUCCUUCUUUAAAACUGAAAAUAAGAUGAACUUACCGCAGAGUCCAGCAAAUGUUAAAACAGCUUAUGUAUGUCCAUUAUGCUUUAAAAAUCUUAAGGACGAAAAUUCACAAGCUGUACAUAUGAAAAGUUGUGCGAUAAAAAAUAAUGUUUCUACAAAGAAGCUGUUGAAUGCUAUGGAGCUACAAGAACGUCAAGCAGCAGAAAGAAAAUCGUUAGGCUUACUUUCUGCUCCUAUAUUACAAGACAAAAAAAAGCCUGCACCACGUAAAGCAACAUUUCAAGAUGAUUUUAAUCUUGAGCUUGGUUUAGCAAUUUCUACAUCUCUGUAUCAACAAGAAGAAAUGGAAAUAUUAGAUGAAGCUGAAAUCAUAGCUAUAUCAUCCGGUCCAUCAUUACCAGAUAGCAACAAAGAAUGUUCUCAGAGAACAACAUUGCAAAGCUUUGGCUUUACUAGUAAUAGAAGUGUAUCACCAACAAACAAUUAUCCUAUCAACAAAAUGAAGAGAAGAAAACUCAAUGAACCAACUAUCUUACAAAGACGUACAGCUGUAGAAAGAGAACGUAUUUUAGCAGAAAGAAUAGCCGAAAUACUUAUGGGCCACGAAGAUUUUACUCAAAACACCAAGGAAGAAAAUGAACAAUCUAUAGAUGUUAAAGAGAAAGUCGUUAUAAAGAGUAAAUUACUUCAGGAAUUACAUAAAACUGAGAAUACACUGUGGGAUAGAACACGUUUAACUCCAAGUAAAAAUGUGUUUUAUGUAACGCAAUUGUCUUCUCAGAUAAUACCAUUGCCAGAGAAAAAUUAUAAAUUAAAUGAAGAACAAAAUGUUAAAAAGUUCACAGAUCGAAAUGACAAAGAAUCUUUAACUAAAGAACCACAGGAAAUAAAGGAAAUGCAGACUGUAAGUGCAACAGAUAGCAAUGAAGAAUUAACAAUUUCCUCGAAUGAGAUUAAAAUAUAUUGCAAAGAAACAUUUCUCAACACUCUUGCAACAGACUGGCGAAACAUACUGAAUGACAGUUCUGCCAGUGAUAUCAUUGUGUUUGUAAAAAACAGCAGACACAUUUGGGUGCACAAAUUGGUUUUUUAUGUACGUUGCACAAAUAUUUUACUCGAUGUAAUUUCCAAUGAUACAGAAUUCUCUACUGCGAAAGAAAAGAUUUGUUGGAUUGAUGUAGACUAUGAUGUUGCCUUAGCCUUUCUAGAAUUUAUCUAUUGUGGGACAAUAGAUAAAUAUUCGAAAAUACACGAUUCCAAGACGUCGUUAUUUGCUAUUAGAUCAUUAGCAAGGAAGUACAAAGUAAAUGAUUUAUUUGUUUAUUUACGUCAAAGAAAAUUCGAAUUUAAUUUAACAGAACCUGAAUAUGAGAAAAGUACAGAGAAUAUAAUUUCAAACGUAGGAAAAGCUUUAAAUAUUCCGGAAUUUGACAAAUUUACUUGCAAAACAUCGCCAAAACAUCACACGCGUAAUGAUUUGAAAAACACGCAAUAUGUUCAAAAAACUCUAUUACAAGAGGAUAUCAGUAGUACCUUUCAAUCUCCUGGAAAUAGAGAGAGAGAAAGUUACGUACUUGCAGAAGAUUCCUGUAUUGUGGAAGAUGAAAAGACGGUUUCAAUGAAAUCAUUGGAGCAAAUAAGUUCUGAGAACAACACGUCGAGAAAUCGAGGCAUUAGCUUAUCUCCUGAUAUAUUCGACGACACGCUCGACGUAAUAAAACUUGAUGAUAAAUCCACAACAUAUUCUAAAGGUCAUGAGGAUUCAAGUAGCCACAUAUUAUUAAGUUUAAUUAAACAGGAUGCGGAUAUUAAUAUAAACAGUCAAGAGUUAACCAAGAAAACUGAUAAUGCAAAGUAUUCAGAGUUGGAUGAAAAUAUUUUUGCAUGUUUAAAAAACGAAGAACAAAAUGUAAUGAAAAUUUUGAAGCCAUCCGAUGAUUUGCAUAAAGAUUCAUUAAUAGACACUCCUCAAAACAGUAAGCCAAAGGCUAUUGAAAAGCAUUCUUCAAACACAGCGAGACAGAAAAGCAAUCUCACAUUAUCUAUUGAAAGAAUACAAAGAGAAAACGCAAAAUUGGAUUCAGAUUUAGACUCUGAUUUAGAUAUUACGACAUAUCCUAAUAAAAUGUCUCCAAGAAGAUAUUCGAAUCCAUUCUGUAUAUAUAAAUGGGGUGAUUCUGAUAAUGAAAAUGCUGAAUCUGAUAACUAUAAGCAAUCAAGUAAAACGAGGAAGAAGCUCGGUAAAUUAAGUAUAAUAGAGCAACGUAUGCGAUCGUUUGCCGAUAAAAAUCCAGAAUUUUAUUCUGUUUCUUCUGAUAAAUGUGUACCAGAUGUUAAACAAACUAACGCUUUGUCUACAUUACUCGAGAAGAUGACAGAAUUUUCUCGUAAUGACACUAAGCUUUGUGAUUAUUCACAAAAUAUUUCAACUGAAGAAGAUGAUACCUCGGAUUUAGUCAAUAUUGAGCCAUUGUCGAUAGUACACUCACUCCAUACUAAGACAACAAAUCAGUCGUUCAAUGAAAGCAUUUAUGACUUAAAAGCAGAUGAGAGAGGAGACGAAACAGAGAUUUCUAUGUAUUCUAAAUAUAUGAGAAAUCAUCACGAUAAUAGCAUAGCAAAAUAUCGCCCAGCAAUUAAGAGAAACGCAUUAGAUGGUAAUCAGUCUGAUGAAAGCGCAUUAUCGGAUAUACUGAACAAAAGCGGUGACACCAACGAGAAUGAUAUAGCUAUGACUCAAUCUUUCUUGACGCAGAAAGAUACAGAUGUGAUUAUUUCAUCGGAUACAGAAGUUGAAAGUGUAUUUUCCAGUGAUAACUAUCCAGUCGACCUACAUAAUGACGACUCUAAUUAUAAAGAUUAUCCACAAUUCUCUAAAAAAACAGGAGAUAAUAAACAAGAUAUUGAGAAGGAAGAAAGUAAUAAUUCACCUGAUAUUGAAGAAAUCCCAAAAGCCAUAGCAACAGAUUCAGAAGAACAAAAAGAUAUUAACAGCACAACUAAAUCAGAUCGAAUUAAAUUCAAUGAUAGAGAUAUGACACCAGAUAUUGAAGAUGCAGAAAUUAAUAUGAUCUUCACGCAAACGAGAUCUGAUUUAAAUGAAUCGAAUAAAGAUGAAAUUGACAAUCAUAGAGAAGAAUUCAUACCAAGUCCUAUUAUGGUAUUUUCUAGUCCAGAUCUAAAUACAGAAAGUCCAUCUUUUGAUAAGGAACAUUGCAUUAAGCACGUAUCAGAGACAAAUAGCCGUAAGUCGAGAAAAUCUACUAAAUUUUCUUUUAAUUUUGAAGAAGAUAUAUAUCUUGCAAACGUUGACGUCGAUAAAUAUGAAAAGAAUCAUACUUUACAAAAGAGCAAGUCAGCUAGUGUAUUGAACAUAGCAGAGUUCAAAAAAGAUAAUUUACGCAGAUGCAACAACAAAAAUAGUCGUAAAAACAUCAUAGAUGAUUAUAAGACAACUAAUAAUAUAAUUCAAUGUGAGAGUUUGGAUCAUAAUACCAUGACCUUGACCCAAAAUUCUACAGAUGUUAGAAAAUUUAAAAGAAAAUCCUUAUCUGAGCAGCAAAUAAGUAUUAACAAACUACGUGAUCAAAAAGAUAUUUCUGAAUAUGCAUCUGUGCAAUUUCAAUAUAAUUAUAGUCAAAAUAUUGGGAACAUUAAAACUGUGUCUAAAAUAAUUGAUAAAGAUGUCACACCACCACCUGAUUACGAUGGCAUGAAGACUCCUGAAUUAGAUAGAGAAAUGAAGAGAUACGGAUUGAAGGUACAGAAACGUUGCCGGACUGUAAAAUUGUUAAAACACAUAUAUAAUGAACUUCAUCCUUUAGUACCUAUAGAUGAAAUAAACACAGAACGGGAAAUUGCUGAAGUAUCAAGCGAUGAAGAGGGCCCACCGGCGAAAAAACUAAAUACAAAUGAUAACAGUAUAAAAAAAUUAAAUAAUCUAGAAGAUGAAUUGCCUUGUUCUCAAGAUAGUAAUGAGAGUGUGAAUUCCAUUAAAAGUACAAUCAGCAAAGAAAUAGAAUUUUAUGAAACUGAGUCAUUACCAGUACUGGAAUAUUCCUCAGACAUUAAAGAAGCUUUUAUAAAAUUGAUCAAUGUUGAUAAAGAUUUGUAUAAUAAAAUAUUGCGAUACGAGUCUGUAAAUAUUGACAAAUUACAUGCUACAUUACGGUCACAUGGGCUUAAAUGUAAACUUUCUAAUUUUAUAAAUUUCUUGGAUGAACAAGGUAUUACAUUCUCUAUGCCGGAACAAAGUACGAAAAAUAGAACACGUAGGAGAACAUAAUCUUGUAUAAAUGAAAUAAUUCUAGAAUUCAUUCUAUUGGAAGAAUUAAUUUUUAUUGCCUUAUAUUAUGAAUAUUCUUAAAUAAAACAUUUUUACCGUAAGUAAAUUUAUUACUAUUAUAAUACGAUAUAAUAAAUUUAUUAUUACUGUUACAAUACAAAGUUAAUAUAGGAAAUGUAAUUUAUAUUUUAUAUAUACAAGGUAUCUAUUAAUCAAUUUAUUUGAUACUGAAUUAUUGCUUUGAUGUCUUUAUAUAAACUAUUUUAUACACACCUAAUAAAUUAUUAAUAAAAUUUAA